AUGGCUUCCUGCAACAGAAUAAACAAGAAGUUGGACGUGAUGGACGAACAACAACACUUGUUCACCUACACGGUUUCAUAUGCGCCGCUGAAAUAUUCGGCGCCAGCCUACGUCACGCCGGGGCAAACAACGGUUGAGCACUACUUCCACAAUCAGCCGACGCCGUCAAAAGACUACCACCAGCAGCUUCCUCCUCCGAAAACCUACCAGCCGCCGCCGUCGACGUCUCCAACCUCCUACCAGCAACUGUCUCUAACAUCAGCCGCUACCGCCACCAGCCUACUCCACCAAAACCACCAGCCGCAACCAUCAAACGCCCACCAGCCGCCACCGCCUCCAAACACCCACCAGCCACCGUGUCAAACUAUAGCUGCACCCACGGCACAGUGUCACAACUACCCCCAACCGCCACUACCCUACCUCCAGCAACGUCCCCAAUCCUACUGGCAGCCACCGGUAACAGCAGCCGCCGCUGCAAGCCUACCCCACCAAAACUACCAGCCCGAUGGAUAG